AUGGGCAAGAAUACUAUUAAUGCAUUGAUAAUUGGCUUUAUUAUAUUGAUAUCUAGGGGCAGAUUUAGAUUGCAGUUGAAAAUUAAGCUUAAUGUCGAAAAUAAUAGAAUUAUGGUCAGAACCACCCAUUGGAGCCUCGACAGAAAGAAAUGAUGUUAGAGAUGUAUUAGAAGUAAGAACUAGGUCAAGAUAAUUUUGAUUCCUAGUAGGGGAUUGGACAAUUUGUUCAAGAUUGCUUGACUGGAAAAAUUCUGCAAAUAUAGAUUCAGAAGGUGUUAAUGUGUUUGGGAAUGGAUUUGGGCUUGCCCAAUUAAGGUUUGGGAAGUUAAAGUCGCCUAAUAUAUAAUACGGGUAAUCAAUAGAUGAAAGAAGUACUAAACAAUCAAUAAGAGAGGUAAGAUGUUCCAGGGUUUCUUUUGUCGUUGGUCGAUAAACGACAAUGAGUCUUAUUUU